AUGCCGUCGCUUCGCUACGACACCCCGACCCCGCUCCCCACACACCUCCCCGGCCCCCAAUUCUACCCCCCCGCGUCCUCGCCGCCCGCGCACCCGACCCCGCUCUUCUACCCGCCACCAUACCCGGUGCUGCACCCGCCGCAUCUGCCGGACCACGCGCCGUACUCGCUGCUUCCCGCGGCUCCGCAGUACGCCGCAUCGCCCACCGCAGUGCACGGCCCGCGCACGCCAUACGCCUCGCCGUAUAGCCUGCUGCCGCGCAACCCGGCCUUCGAGAUGGAGACCGUGUCCCCGUCCCCGUCCCCGUCGUCGCCGGUCCCCUCCUCCGACUUCUGGCACUCGCUCCCGCCGCACGCCGCCGCCCCUCCGCACGCAAGCCACCUCCACCCGUUUGCCCCGCUACCCGCCCUCGACCCCGCCGCACCCGCCGCCCGUCACAUCCUCCGCGCACACCACGCCGCCGCCAGGGACUUACCUGCCAACGCCGACGGCUCAGAGGCCGCUAGGGCCUUGCUUUCGCUGAGAGCCACAAACUCAUAG